UCCUCCGAACACUAGGCGGCAGUAAUGCGCCUUGUUGGCUGGUCAGUCAGCCGCUGUGGUCUGAAACUGCUCACGGAAGUGACAAUGCGACAAUUUUCAAAAUGGGUACGCAAGUGAAAGACGUCUUCAUCAACCCCGACGCCCUCAACACGCUCCUGCUGGACAAACACGCCGACUACAUCGCCGCCUACGGCUGCAAAAAGGACGACUAUGAGUACACCCUGUCCGAGUACGUGCGCAUGAGCGGCAUCUACUGGGGCCUGACGGUGAUGGACCUGAUGGGCCAGCUGCCCCGCAUGAACCGCCAGGAGAUCGUGGACUUCAUCAAAGCCUGUCAGCACGAGUGCGGGGGCGUCAGCGCCAGCGUGGGCCACGACCCCCACCUGCUCUACACGCUCAGCGCCGUGCAGAUCCUGUGCUUGUACGACAGCGUGGACGCGCUGGACGUGGACAAAGUGGUGGACUAUGUCAAAGGCCUGCAGCAGCACGACGGCUCCUUCGCAGGGGACAAAUGGGGCGAGAUUGACACCAGGUUUUCCUUCUGUGCCGUGGCCACGCUUGCCUUACUGGACAAGCUGGAUGUAAUCAACGUGGACAAAGCUGUGGAAUUCGUUCUGUCUUGUAUGAACUUUGACGGCGGUUUCGGAUGCAGGCCCGGUUCAGAGUCUCAUGCGGGUCAGAUUUACUGCUGCACGGGCUUCCUGUCUCUGACCGGCCAGCUGCACCAGCUCAACGCAGACCUGCUGGGCUGGUGGCUCUGCGAGAGGCAGCUGCCCUCCGGGGGCCUCAACGGGCGGCCUGAGAAGCUUCCAGAUGUGUGCUACUCCUGGUGGGUUCUGGCUUCCCUCAAGAUCAUCGGCAAGAUUCACUGGAUCGACAAGGACAAGCUGCGCAGCUUCAUCCUGGCCUGCCAGGACGAGGAGACGGGAGGCUUCGCCGACCGGCCGGGAGACAUGGUGGAUCCUUUCCACACGCUCUUUGGAAUCGCCGGCCUGUCCCUCCUUGGAGAUGAGCAGAUCAAAGCCGUCAAUCCUGUGCUAUGCAUGCCGGAAGAUGUCCUGCAGAAGCUGGGUCUGCAGCCGGACCUCCUCAGCUAGCCCGCCCCCCUGCCCCCCCGCAGCAACAGCAUCAUGUUCAGCAUCAUGUAUAACGCUUUGAUGAAGAAGCACUCAAUUAUGCAAUCCAUCAUAAUCAUCACCCGUGGAGGAACUACUUAACAUCCUUGAACAUUCCUGGACAUCUUCACUUGGGACAGGAAAUUCUCGUUGUGCAUUGUCAUUUGUGUUUCUAUGAUCGGCAUUUGAAGAGCCAACACUCGAUGGAGCGCCGACAGUUUCCCAGCGGUCCGACGGCAGGAAACGCGGGCACGGCUCCACACUAGCCUGUCCGUACGUGACAGGUGGAGGGCUGAGAACAUCGCCUGACAAAUGGCCUUCAUGGGACUCCUUAGCUUUGUUAGCCAACUGCAUGCUUCCGAAGCCUGGCCAGACCUCCACCAGUCUUCUCACAGUCUCAUCGUGAGUUUGACCAGUCGUGCUGUAUGUUCUCCUCAAGUAAAUCUCAUGUUCUUGUCUUUCAUCAUUCCACCAGUGGAUCCACCAGUCUUCUCACAGUCUCAUCGUGAGUUUGACCAGUCGUGCUGUAUGUUCUCCUCAAGUAAAUCUCAUGUUCUUGUCUUUCAUCA